AUGGCGUCCUACUCCUCCUCCUCCCGGCAGCUGUCCGGCGAGCUCAUCCUGGCGGCCUCCCACGGCCGGCCGGUCACGGCCUACGACGCGCUGUCGGGGCACGUCGUGGCCGAGUUCCCGGCGCCGGUCAACACGUCGCGGCACGGCCUCGCUGUCGUCGCCGCCCCGGGCGCCGCGGCGGCGCCCUUCGUCGCCGCGUCCCACGUCUGCCCGGCCACGGGCGCCGGCUCCGUCCUCCUGCUCCACUGGUGGUCGCGGGCGCCCGCGCGGUCGCUGCCCGUCUCCGAGCCGGUCGCGCCGCUCGUCGCGACGCCGCAUGGCUCCCACCUCCUCGUCGGCGGCCUGUCCGGGCGCGUCCACGCCAUCGCGCUCCCGUCCGGCGACGUCGUGCGCUCGUUCCGCGCCCACAACGGAGGCUUCCCCGUCUCGUGCCUCGGGCUCAACGACGACGGCUCGAUCCUGGUCUCCGGCGGCUACGACGGCGAGGUGGCCGUGUUCGUCCUCCUGUCCGUCCUCGACGCCGACGCAGACGACGCCGGCGGCUCCACCGACCUCUCGCUCUACCGCAUACCCGCGCACGCCGCGCCGGUGUCCUGCAUCGCGUGCGGGCACGGCGGGUGCAACGCCGUCGUGGCCACGGCCUCCAUGGACGGCACAUGCAAGGUCUGGGCCCUGAAGAACGGCCACAACCUCCGCACCCUUUCGCUCCCAUGCAUCGCGUUCUCCCUUACCCUGGACCGCCCCGCCGCCCGCCUCUUCGCCGGCGGCUCCGACGGCAGCGUCCACGUCGCGCCCCUGGGCUCCGCCGCCAACACAACCACCGCGACGACGCGCUCGUGGCACGCAAGCGGCAGCACCAACGCCGCCAUCGUCGGCAUCGGCAUGGCGAACGGGUGCAAGAACCUGGUCACGUGCACGGAGGACGGCAACGCGAGCAUCUGGGACCUGGCGAGCGGGUCGCUCGCCGCCUCGUUCCGGAUCGGCGGCGGCGCGGUCACCGACGCGACAGUGCUCAAGAAAUCCGCCGCCGCGGUGUCCAGGGCUCGCAACGACGGCACGGGGUUCACUGUCCGCGACGGCGAGGAUUGGCGGAGAGCCGGCGAGGUGGCGCGGAUGGAGCAGACGCUGCGGGAGUCGGAGGUGGACAAGGCGAGGUCCGUCGAGCUCGUCGAGAUGGCCGUCGGCGGGUACAAGAGGUGCCUGCGUCUCAUGCUCCGGGAGGUCACCACCGCCCGCCGCCCGAACGACGGCAAAGACGACCACACCAGCGCAAAUGAUUUCUAA